GUGUCGCGCGCUGCGGCGGUUCCGGUGUGGGAGCGGCCGGGGCUGAGGCGGGGUCGGGCCCGGCCGAGGCCAUGCUGUGCACGGCGCUGGUCAUGGCCGGCAGCCUGGCGCUCACCACGGCCGUGGUGGCCCACGCCUACUACCUGAAGCACCAGUUCUACCCCACCGUGGUGUACCUGACCAAAUCCAGCCCCAGCAUGGCCGUGUUGUACAUCCAGGCCUUCGUGCUGGUCUUCCUGCUGGGCAAGUUCAUGGGCAAGGUGUUCUUCGGGCAGCUGCGCGCGGCCGAGAUGGAGCACCUCCUGGAGCGCUCGUGGUACGCGGUGACCGAGACCUGCCUGGCCUUCACCGUCUUCAGGGACGACUUCAGCCCGCGCUUCGUCGCCCUCUUCACCCUCCUCCUCUUCCUCAAGUGCUUCCACUGGCUGGCCGAGGACCGUGUGGAUUUUAUGGAGAGGAGCCCCAACAUCUCGUGGCUCUUCCACUUCCGAAUCGUCUCCCUGAUGUUCCUGCUGGGAAUCCUGGACUUCCUCUUUGUCAGCCACGCCUACCACAGCAUCCUGACCCGUGGCGCCUCCGUCCAGCUGGUCUUCGGCUUCGAGUACGCCAUCCUGAUGACCAUGGUGCUGACCAUCUUCAUCAAGUACGUGCUGCACUCCGUGGACCUGCAGAACGAGAACCCCUGGGACAACAAGGCCGUGUUCAUGCUCUACACCGAGCUCUUCACCGGGCUGAUCAAGGUGCUGCUCUACAUGGCCUUCAUGACCAUCAUGAUCAAGGUGCACACCUUCCCGCUCUUCGCCAUCCGCCCCAUGUACCUGGCCAUGAGGCAGUUCAAGAAGGCCGUCACCGACGCCAUCAUGUCCCGCCGGGCCAUCCGCAACAUGAACACGCUCUAUCCCGACGCCACGGCCGAGGAGCUGCAGGCCGUGGACAAUGUCUGCAUCAUCUGCCGUGAGGAGAUGGUGACGGGCGCCAAGCGCCUGCCCUGCAACCACAUCUUCCACACCAGCUGCCUGCGCUCCUGGUUCCAGCGGCAGCAGACGUGCCCCACGUGCCGCAUGGACGUGCUCCGCGCCUCGCUGCCGCCGCAGCCGCCCCCGGAGCCGCCGGCACCGGCACCGGCACCGGCGGCGCAGCCCAACAACUUUCCCCAGGGGAUGCUGCCUCCCUUCCCGCCGGGAAUGUUCCCGUUCUGGCCGCCUGUGGGGCCCUUCCCGCCUGGCCCCGGCGGCGUCCAGGCCCCGGCCGGCACUGACGGCACAGCCGCGGCCGCCGGCGCCGCUCCCGGUGAGUCCCACCCCGAAUCCCACCCCGAAUCCUUAAACUGGUACAAACCGGUUCUGCCCUGCUCUCCCGCAGAGCCGGCCCCCGCCGAGGAUGAGGAGGACGCGGCCGAAGGCUCCGAGCCCCGGGAGGGCCCCGAGCCCCCCGAGGGCCCCGACACGGCCGAGCUGCGGCGGCGGCGGCUGCAGAGGCUGGGGACCCCCCCCCACUGA